CACACUUUCCAGCUAAAUAUCAAUGCGUUUGCCUUGUUUGUAUAUUUCCACACCAACGUAAUAUAGAGCACCAUGCCGAAGAGGAAAGUUACGUUUGAGGACGGGGACGAAGAGAUAGAGCUGGAUGACGAGCUCCCAAACAAAAAGAUCUGCGAGGCUGUGAGUGGACCAGGCUCCAGGUUUAAGGGCAAACAUUCCCUUGAUAGCGACGAAGAGGAUGAAGGGGAAGAGACGAAAAGCAGCAGCAACAAAUACGAUAUUCUGGCCAGUGAUGACGUGGAGGGCCAAGAGGGAGCGACAAUCGACUAUGACGAGGGAGUUUCUAUCACACCGUUCAACCUGGACGAGGAGAUGCAGGAAGGAUACUUUGACUCUGAGGGAAACUACUUCAUCAAAAAGGAAGAACAGAUCAGAGACAACUGGCUUGACAACAUUGAUUGGGUGAGAGUAAAAGAGCAACCUUUCAAGCAAAAGAAGAAAGGUCUUGGAGCCAAACGGAAACGCAGAGCCGGUGACGAGGAUGAGGCUGAGGAAGAGAAGCAGAGAGAAGAGAAGCAGGCAGGCAAAGUAAACGACGAAGCAGAAGACGAAGAGGAGGAGAUGGAGCCUGCAGAGGACCCGCUGGCGUCCUUCACUCAGCACCAGCUCACUGAAGCUGUGGUCGAACUGUUGCUGCCCGGGGAGACGGUCGCCACAGCGCUCCGUCGGUUAGGAGGCCUUGGAGGACGGAAGAAGGGGAAGCUGAGGGAGGAGAGUGAACCCACGGAGGAGAACAAACGGGAUACAGAAAAGCUCGACAGGCUCACAUCACUAGCUGACAGAUUGGUCGGAUCUGGGAUGUUUGAGAUCUAUCAGCAAACGUAUGAAAAACUGGCCUAUUUGAUGAAGAGCAUGAGCAGCAAGCGACCAGCUGUGGAGAAGAACCAAGGUGGUGAAGAGGAAGAAGAUGAACUUGAUAUGUUCGCAGAUAAAUUUGACGAGACGCAAACAGGCAGAGCAAAGGAGGACGAAGAAGACAAAAUAGUGAGCGAUGAAGUGAUGUGGGAGUACAAAUGGGAAAACAAGGAGGAUUCGGAGAUUUUCGGCCCUUUUACCAGUCAGCAGAUGCAGGGUUGGGUGGACGAAGGCUACUUCAGCACCGGCGUUUACUGCAAGAGGAUCGACCAGAAGGGAACUCAGUUCUACAACUCCAAGAGACUAGAUUUUGAGCUGUAUACAUGAUUUCUGUCCAGCAGUAAAUGAAUCGCAACCAUCACGGUCAUGAAACGUUUUCAUUGUUUGGUGGCUUUGGUGUCACAUCUAUCAUUUUAGCAGGGGCUUUGUUUUCUGUACAUUGUUUUUAAAUAAAUAACUCAUGUAUGUGUUGUUGCUAU